UUUGCCGAUUGGCGUCCAAGCAGCAGCAGCAGACCAUGAAGUCGCCGGCGCUCUCUGGUGUGACCCCGCGCGGCCACGUCACGCGGCUCUCGCUCCGGCGAGACGACGAGCAUCCGUGGCAAAAGUCCCAGCCCUCGCUCACCGACUCAUGCCUCGGCUUGCCCGGUGCGGCAGCCAAGAAGCCCAAGGCGUCGGCCUGGGAGUCGCUUGUGCAGAGCCUCAUUUACGGCGUCAUUAACUCGAUCCUGACGAUCCCGUGCAUGUACGGCUACGCCGCCAUCAUCUUUAGCCACUCGGACUUUACCACCUUCAUGCCCGCCCUCGCCAAGCUCGUGCUCCUCUCCAGCGUCGUGCACCAGAUCAUGUUUACGACGCUGAGCUCGCUCCCUUUCGCGAUUGGCCAAGUCCAGGAUGCGGGCCUCAUCUUCCUCAGCGCCAUGGCCACGUCCAUCUGCAACACGCUGGGCGAAGACGUGCCGCUCGAAGCCAAGGUCACGACCGUCCUCGUCACGAUCGGUCUCUCGACGGCGGCGCUCGGCAUGACGCUCGUGGCCAUUGGCAAGUUCAAGCUUGCGGGCCUCGUCUCGUACCUCCCGAUGCCGGUCGUCGGCGGGUACCUCGCAUUCAUUGGGCUCUUUUGUCUCUUCGCCGGCCUCUCGCUGUGCACGGGCCUAGUCAUCAACGACUUUAGCUCGAUGGCGCAGCUCGCGUCGUGGCACCGUUUGCUCUUGUGCGCGCCAGGCGUCGCCGGCGGGUACCUCUUCCUCUACGUGAGCCAGCGCUACGACAACUCGUUUGCGCUUCCGAGCGUCAUCGUCGGCGUCCCGAUCCUCUUUUUCUUCGUGCUCUACGGCUUUGGCUACAACCUCGAGGACGCGCGCGCGUUUGGCUGGGUCGCGCCGCUCGCGCCCGCCGCCGGCUUUUCCGAGAUGCUCUCGCUCUUCUCGUUCGAGCAUGUGCACUGGUCGGUCCUGCCGUCGCAGGUCACGACGUGGGUCGGCAUGACCUUUGUCGUCGCCUUCUCGUCGUGCCUCGACGUCGCCGCGAUCGAAAUGGACAUGGGCGCGCAGCUCGACAUUGACCACGAGCUUGCGUGCGUCGGGUGGAGCAACUUCCUCUCGGGCAUCCUCGGCGGCUACACAGGGUCGUACAUCUUUUCGCAGACGAUCUUUACGUACCGCUCCAAGACCAACUCGCGCGUCGUCGGCAUCUGCGUCAUCAUCUCGGAGUUUGCGCUCGUCGUGCUUCCGAUCUCGAUCAUGAGCUACGUGCCUCGCUUCUUCUUUGCGGCGACGCUCAUCUUUAUCGCGAUCGACCUCCUCCUCGAGUGGCUCGUGCACGUCUACCACAAGGUGCUCUUCCAAGAGUACCUCGUGCUCUGGCUCUCGUUCUUGGCCAUCAACGCGGUCAACCUCGAGCUCGGCAUGAUCAUUGGCAUUGGCUUCGCCAUCGUCAACUUUCUCAUCGGCUACGCGCAGGUCAACCAGGUCCAGCGCGUGUACAAGUCGUCGACGGCGAUCCGCAACUACGCCGCGCGCAGCGUCAUCGCGGACAAGCGCGACGCGAUCGUCGUGCUCGAGCUGCACGGGUACCUCUUCUUUGGCACGUCGGUGCACAUCGUCGAGGACGUCAAGAAGUUUGUACGCGUCCUCAAGCCCGUCAACCCGUACGGGUCGCUCGUGAACCGGCCGCUCGAGCACCUCGACGGCACACCGCUGUCGCCCUCCGAGUCCAAGAACCGUCUCCCGACGCGGUACCUCGUCCUCGACUUCAAGCGCGUGACGGGCAUGGACGCGACCGCGGCGCGCAGCUGCUUUAUGAUCCUCCAGGAGCUCUGCUCGUCGCACAAGAUUGACGUGAUUUACGCCAACGUGCUCCCGUCCGUCUCGCGCCUCCUCAUCAACAACGACAUUGUCGACGAGACCGUCCUCUACCGCAACUGCGACGAAGCGCUCGAGUACUGCGAGAGCCACCUGAUUCUGGCCUCGCGCACCAACUCGUUCUUCCGCGCCGACGCCUCGCUCCCGCUCUUGCUCAACCGGUUUGUCGGCCUCCCGGACAACGCGGCGUUGUUUGAGCCGCUGGCGCCGUACUUUGCCAAGCAGCUCGUCGAGUCGGACCACUACUUUUACCAGAUUUCCGAGCCGUCGCGUGCGUUUUACAUCCUCGGCGCCGGCAGCGUCGACCUCUUUAUGAACAAGGACGGCUCGGUCGACAACGGCGAGAGCGCGUCGCUGGCGCUGCUCGAGAAGGUGCACGUGGGCGCGAUGUUUGGCGAAGUGGAUUUCUUUGUGCAGCAAAUCCGCCACCUCUCGGCGCGUGCGUCGAGCGACUGCACCGUCUUUUGCCUCACGCGCGACGCGUACGAGGCCAUGAAGCUCGAGCAGCCGCGCCUCUACGACGAGCUCCGCGACGUGAUCAUCAAGAGCAUGGCGCUCACGAUCGGCAACAACAACUGGCUCGCGCUCUAACCUACAACUCUUGCCGCUGGAUGUAUAUAACACAAUAGAGGUCGCCUUGUGAUGUACUA